UAUAGAUAUGGAAACAACAAAAUAUAGAAAAUAAACACGAAAAUUUGGAUAAAAUACGGAUUUCAAAUUACUUGUUAUGAUCACAAUCAGCUGUAACUUAGAUAAUAACCAUUUUAAUGUUUGUAUUUAAAAUUGUCAUAGUCAAACUUCAUACAUGUAUCUUUGAUGAUAUAAUUUCCGUAAUAUUGUAAAAGUGUAAAAAUGAAUCCGUAUAAGGAUUUAGAAGAAAGUUCUUUUGCUGCCGCACCCCAUCUAAAUUAUGAAGAUAUUGCAACAAAGUUGUUAAAGGAUCAUUUCUUUUUGACGGCUCUCGAACUUCAUACAGAAUUGGUCGAGAGUGGCAAAGAACUUCCGCAAUUGAGAGAAUUUUUUUCUAACCCCGGCAACUUCGAGCAACAUGUUUCUAGAGCAUCUGAGAUGAGUUCUAUGCAUCGUACACCCAGCAUAGCCACCCUAGAUUCGUUAGACACUGCUAGAUAUUCUGAAGAUGGUGGCGGUGAUCGCCUCGGGAGUGGUGGAGACAUAGCGGUACUGGAGUUUGAGUUGAGAAAAGCUAAAGAAACAAUCAAUUCUUUGAGAGCCAAUUUGACCCAAUUUGCUGAUGGUGAAUCAACUUUAGAUAAAAAUGUAAAAAAUAAUUUUAAUCAGAAAUCAUUGAAACCACAUGAAAAGCGAGCCCUUAAUUUUUUGAUAAAUGAAUACUUACUUUUACAAGAUUAUAAACUCACAAGUAUUACAUUCUCAGAUGAAAAUCCAGAACAGGAAUUUGAAGACUGGGACGAUGUAGGAUUGAACAUGCCACGGCCCUCAGGGUUAAUAUCAUUGUUCAGAGGCAGUACAACUGCUGUGAAUGUUCCAAAAUAUGAUGUGGCUACACAAUAUGAUAGUGAUUAUUGGUCAGAUGCUGAAUGCCAAACAGAUUUGGACGAGAAUGUCUGUGUGAGCUGUCAAACGACCAUAGAUAAUGAUUCUGAUUGGAACCAUGAGAUACUUAUCCAAGCUGAGGAAAUAAAUCUACUGAAACAGAAAAUUAUUGCCCUAGAAACAGAGAAGUUAAAUUUCCAAAAGCUAUAUGACGCUGCUAUUGUCAGCCUCAACUCAUUAACUAGUCCAGUGUCAGAGAAACAAGUUCUAGAACUACAAAUCCCUAGUGAUAAAUUAAAUGCAGUACAAACAAGGCUUGAACAUCAAUUAGAGAAACCAAUCACUUGUACGGCGGCGGAAAAUCACUAUGGAAGUAGUAAUUCCACUCAUAGUGCUACUCCUGAUCAAUUUGAAAUGAUAGAAAGUGAGAAACAUAUCACAAAGAAAGAGGGCUCAAAUACAAGUUCAAUAGAGCCGGCAUUGCUUGAUGGUAGUGUAAGAGAUUCCCCGCUAAGACGUGGCAGUGUCACCACUCUCGAUGAUAUGCUCAGUAUAAAUGACGCGGGCGAAUGGACGCGGUUACAAUAUGAAUAUAAUAUCGUGGAGAAUUCUAAAGAGAUGUGGAUUGAUAGUGGCUUACCAAAUAAUUUAAAGGAGUCAUUACUGACGUGGUGUAAUGAAACGUUGGACAUGAAUGAAGCUCUAUCCAAUGAUUUGUUAACAGAAUUAGUGAACAAUGAUAAGCCUAUUCUAUUGCCGGCUUUAUUACAACUUGUAGCGGAUACUUUACCGCGGAUCCUGCCACACACAUUAGUCGGUAGGAGAAGCGAAUCAGCAGCCUUAUUAUCAGCGGCCAUUGUGUUGUUACCGCCAGCUGACGCAAAACGGGCUAAAUUAUUGCAAACUUUACUUACGCUGUUUAAGAAACCGGACCCGCCUGACGCUAAAAUUAUAUGUGAAGCAACAUGCCUCAUAGUGAAAUGGGGGGGUAGUGGCGAAGUUCUAUCUUCCAUAGCGGAAUUGCUAGCUUCCAGGUCGCCAGAACGCAGGAUUUUAGCCAGUCAAAUAUGUCUGGCCAUAGCCCCAUAUGUUCCUAUAGAACUAUGCACGUCAUUACUCCUAAGUUUGGUCGUAUUAAUGUGUGAAUCAAGCGAAAUUGAGAUUCGAGUGUUGGGUCUAAGAGCGGCUUGUUUAAUCUGUCCAACGUCAGAACAUAAGUAUGGGCAGUUGGAGAAUAUAAUGUUCAACUUCUUGAAGGACCCCGUUGAUCGGAUUGUGAAGGAUACAGUGGGUGUUUUUGUUCCUGUGUUGGCUAGGAGUGCUCUGAUGGCUGGUAAAUUUUCAUCAUCUCUGUACAGCCGCAUAAUAUCGAGUCUAGUGAAAUCGAGUACAGAAGGCGAAUGGAAGACUGUGCUAUUAUAUCUAGAAGUUCUAAAAGUUCUAGUGCUAGCCAAACUGGCGUAUGUAAUAAAUGUUCAAAUUGUCAAAGAAAUGACCCACAACUGUGAUAUGGAAAUUAACUUACAAGACGUGUUGUUGUGCGAACAAGAGAGUUUUAUAGAUUUACAGUGCUAUAUGAGUGACAGUUAUGAUGCUAAGAAUUUGAUAGUGGCCAUGAAUAGCUUGCUGAAGGAGAAACCGGACGUGCGGUGGGCGGAGCUAACUUGGUUCGUGAAAGUAAUUAGGCAAAUAUUAGAAAUAGCGACCACAUCCAAAAUACUUAAUCACUCUGCAAUAUACGAGCUUCUUAUAACUUUAUUCAGUAGUUACGUAUACAAUUUCGGCGUGCAUUUCACGACAGAAGUGAUGAAUCCGAUAUUCCUGAAUAUUAUUAAUGAUUUGGAGAAUAAAUUGGAAAAACUGCACGCAGUUAAUGUGGACAGUGUUAUUAUUGUUGGUAUAUAUUUAGUCACUAUUGUGUUUUCUGUGGAAGAGAGCGAGCAGCAGUCGGAAUUUUUGCAAAAGUGGGUUAUGUACAGUAGUAUAAGAAGUCUUCCAAGUAAAAUAAUAUCUAUACCACUCAAGUGGCUUGCAAAGCAUAGACCUGAUGCCCUAGAUUUCUACUUACAAUGUCUUAGAGAAUUUUCAGCCAGUAGCUGCGACUCUACCAGCGGCAGUACAAUACGGGUGUACAUAGCUAACUUGAUCACAGAGCUACUGAACAUAGCGCAAGUGAGCGAUGAAUGCAUAGAACGGCAUUUACUGCCGGCUGUUACUGCUCUGCUCUAUGAUGAUGAUGUCUCUGUCCGCGAAGCAGCAAUAUCAGCGUGGGGCAGUGUAACACGAACAUGCGUGGUUCGAGCGCAAAGCACAUCACUCCAAACAGUUUGUUGGCCGCCAUUCGAAGAGCUAUUGAAAUCACGCCCUCUGACGGGCAAAGAAGGCGCGAAAGCUGCUGAAGCGCUUACUUUAUUAGUCCUGCCGACGGUGGAAAGCCAUGCUGUGUCUGAGAAAGCGGUAUCAUUGCUAUGUCUGUUAUGCCACCGGCAAUUAUCGUCUGAACUAGUGGCUGCACUAACACCAGGCUUACAGCUGGCAACACACCACUGCAGCCACCAUCCGGCAUUGUUGCCAGCUUUACGAAAACUAGAAGAAAGCGUUCAAUCCCCAUCCCUCACACAAUACAAGCCGGCCAUCGAAGCGCUACUCCACGUGAUCACAAACGAAACGCCAAGAGUCCCUUCACCAAAACCAGCCACGAACUUACAAGCGGCACAAGAAGUUGGCCGCCGGGUCACACAGAUGUUCCAACAUUCGAAGACUAACAUGAACCUACAGAAUAUAUUCAAAAAGAAAACAUAGUAGCAACAUAUAUAAUAAAUAAAUAAAUUACAUUCAACUGUCACAAAAAAUGUCAAUAAAAAAUAUCGAACCUACUUGGUACUUAAUAAAAAAAAAAAAAAAUAUUGUAAAAAACACUGACCAUAGUAUUACACGGAUCUUUUGGCACUAAGAUAAUACAUUCAGGGGGGUGUGCGAAUGAAACAAGGUUUGCUGGUGAAAAAACAUGUAAUAUUUUCAGAUAAUUUAUUAGGAAUGACCUGUUAUUGUGAUCUUCUAAUUUUUUCUGUAUGUAAAAUAUACCCAGUGACAAUCUUGAGUUCUGACAGUUUAAUCAUUUGGGCUACAAAGCG